UACUCGGAAUCUGUCGUCUGGUAUCCAUCCAUAUCGUAACACGACCUUGAGUAUUCGCAGUCUAUAUAUAUAUAUAGUUAUCCGCAGCACAUACAUGCUUUCCUUUUUCACAUCGACAUAUCGAGAGCAGCAUCGCGCGAUCCCUUACAAAAUCUCGCAAGGAACCCAGUGAAAUCAACAACGACCACGACGACGAUUCGCCGGGGAACCGCCUUCCGCGGCUGCGGAGCGGUAGGUGCAUCGAUCGCCCACCGGCGGUCGGCGUUCGUGGAGCUCAUAUCAGCUCCUCCUCCUUGCAGCAGGUUCGCUAGCCAGCGCCAACGAGAAUCAUGGUGGGGAUGCAGGUCGUCGACGUGCCGAAGCUGGCGGCGCCGGCGCCGGCGCGCGUGCCGGUGCCCGCUUCGAAGCCGUUCCUCCAGACCCUCGGCGCCAACCUGAAGGAGACCUUCUUCCCCGACGACCCGUUCCGCGCCGUGGCUCGCCAGGAAGGCCGCUGCCGGCGCGCCGCGGCCGCGCUCCGGUACGUGUUCCCCUGCCUGGAGUGGCUUCCGUCCUACACUCUCGGCGCGCUCCGUUCCGACCUCAUCGCCGGCGUCACCGUCGCCAGCCUCGCCGUCCCCCAGGGCAUCAGCUACGCCAAGCUCGCCGACCUCCCGCCCAUCAUGGGACUAUACUCUAGUUUCGUGCCAGCGCUGGUGUACGCGGUGAUGGGGAGCUCCAAGGACCUGGCGGUGGGCACAACGGCGGUGGGGUCCCUGCUGUUCGCGGCGAUGCUGGGUAAGGAGGCGUCGCCGGCGGACAACCCGGAGCUGUACAUGCACCUUGCAUUCACGGCCACCUUCUUCGCCGGCGUGUUCCAGGCCGGACUGGGCAUCCUCAGGCUGGGAUUCGUGGUGGACUUCCUGUCGCACGCCGCCAUCGUCGGCUUCAUGGGCGGCGCCGCCACGGUGGUGUGCCUGCAGCAGCUCAAGGGCCUCCUCGGCCUCCAGCACUUCACCACCUCCACCGACGUCGUCGACGUCAUGCGAGCCGUCUUCUCGCAGACCCACAUGUGGCGAUGGCAGAGCGUGCUUCUCGGGUUCUCCUUUAUCGUCUUCCUCCUCGUGACUCGCUUCUUCAGCAAGAGGCGGCCCAAGUUCUUCUGGGUGUCGGCGGCGGCGCCGCUGGUAUCUGUCAUCGUUGGAAGCGUUCUGGUGUAUCUCAUCCAUGGGGAAAACCAUGGCAUCCAAGUGAUUGGCAACCUCGCCAAGGGCAUAAACCCGGCGUCGGCCAAGAACCUGAUCCUGUCGCCGCCGCACAUGAUGGUCGCACUCAAGACUGGCAUCAUCACCAGCCUCAUCGGGCUCGCGGAAGGGAUCGCCGUGGGGCGGAGCUUCGCCAUGGCCAAGAACUACCACGUAGAUGGCAACAAGGAGAUGAUCUCCUUCGGCCUGAUGAACAUCAUCGGGUCCUGCACCUCCUGCUACCUGACCGCCGGCCCCUUCUCGCGCUCCGCCGUGAACGUCAACGCCGGCUGCAAGACGGCCAUGUCCAACGCCGUCAUGGCGGUGGCCGUGGCCAUCACGCUCCUCUUCCUGACGCCGCUCUUCCACUACACCCCGCUGGUAGUGCUCUCGGCCAUCAUCGUGUCGGCCAUGCUGGGCGUCAUCGACUUCCCGGCAGCCGCGCGGCUCUGGAAGGUGGACAAGCUCGACUUCUGCGUCUGCCUCGGCGCCUACCUCGGCGUCGUCUUGGGCGACAUCGAGAUCGGUCUCUCCAUCGCAGUUGGGAUAUCGGUUCUCCGCAUCCUGCUCUUCGUGGCGCGGCCGAGGACCACGGUGCUCGGGAACAUGCCCAACUCGACCAUCUACAGAAGGAUGGACCAGUACACCAUGGCAGAGACCGUGCCUGGGGUGCUCGUGCUGCACGUCGACUCGCCUAUCUACUUUGCCAAUGCCAGCUACCUGCGAGAGAGGAUCUCGCGGUGGAUCGACGAGGAGGAGCACCGAAUCAAGGAUGCAGGUGAGGAGAGCCUGCAGUGCAUCGUCCUGGACAUGGGUGCCGUUGCCAGCAUCGACACGAGCGGGACGAAGCUGAUUGAGGAUCUCAAGAAGAGCCUAGACAGGAAGAGCAUGCAGAUUGCGCUGGCGAACCCGGGGAGCGAAGUCAUGAAGAAACUGGACAAGUCCAAGGUGCACGGGCUCAUCGGCGACGAGUGGAUCUUCCAGACGGUGGCCGAGGCGUGCGACAACGCGCUGCUCAACUGCAAGAUAGCAAGGAGUGUCUGAAACUCUUUUCAUAUGAAUGGAAUCUAGUCACAGGCCAUUAUAUUGGAGUACUAUGUAAAACAUCUCUACCAAAUUACUGCAUCACACGACCAUCGGCAGCGCGCGCAGAUGUUUUGUGUGGGCACAUCCACGUUUAGCGUUGUGCGUAGAUGUUUUGCAUGGAUACAACCAAGUUUAGCCUCGUCCAUCAGUUUUGUUUACACAAGUUUUAGCUGCUAGCUAUACCCUAUAUAAAAGCCUAAUCAGCUCACCGCA